AUGCAGCUUUUGGACACCGAAAAUUUAUCAUUAGUGCCAGAAUAUUCUAAAGAGCCAAUCAUCAUUCAACAUCAUCAUUCCAGUUCUUCAAUUACUGCAACGCCCGUUACCCCUACAACCCUCAAAGACACUACAUUUACUAAUGAAGAUUUUCAGUCGUUUGUGAAAACCAAUCUCACUAAUUUAAAGUAUGAACUUAAAAGUAUGGCUUUCUCUAUAGAAACUAUAAUGAAUCCGUGGACCGUGAUAGUUAAUGAAUCUUCUGAAAUUGUAUGGCCAAUAAGCAAUGAUGAAGAGCUCGAUAAUAUUGAAAAGUUGCUCGAUAAUCGUUUAAUUAGGAAUAACCAAGCCAUUAUUUUGUCAAGAUCAGCUGACAUUAAUAUAUCCGAUACAAUUCGAAGAAUUAUGCAACAACUUUUCACAGAUCAAUUUCUUCGUCAAUAUUCAUACUCUGGUUUUAAAGGAAAACACAAGUUUUCAACAUUGAGAUGUUGCAGAUUAUUAUUUGAUUCAUUAAGAAAAAUCAAGAAAUUCGAUGCAGUGCCAGAUGUUGAUAUAAUAUGCGCUCUAUCAAAGUGGAUGGCACAAGCUACAAAUCGUAUUCAUAAAAAAGAAUCUAAAUCUAAAAAUUAA